AUGGAAGGUAAAAAGGAUAUGUUAAGUUGGGAACAGAAAACACUGGUAAACGAGCUCAUUUUUGGACUUGAGGCAGCCAAAAAGCUCCAGGCACGGCUUGGAGAGCCAUCAUCGUCGCCGCCGUCAUCAUCAUCUCGGGCGGCUGAGAUGAACGAGAUUCUCAUGAAGCAGAUACUUUCUUCCUACGAGAAAUCUCUUGCCAUUGUAAACUGGUCCUCCUCGCCACCCGCACAACUUAUUCUGAAGGCGGGUGCUGUAGCUCCGGUGACACACUCCGGCGUAAUUCCUGAAUCUCCGGCGUCGAUAAACGGAAGUCCAAGAAGUGAAGAUUUUCUUGAUGGAGGAGGUUCCAGCAAUACUCAUCGCCAUGAUUACAUUUUGAAUUCAAAGAAAAGGAAGAUGUUACCAAAGUGGACAGAAAAAGUGAGAAUAAGCCCUGAAAGAGGCUUAGAAGGACCUCAACAAGAUGAUGUAUAUAGCUGGAGAAAGUAUGGUCAAAAAGACAUUUUGGGCGCCAAGUUCCCCAGGAGUUACUACAGAUGCACGCACCGUAGCACACAGAACUGUUGGGCAACGAAGCAGGUCCAGAGAUCGGACAAUGAUCCAACUGUUUUCGAAGUGACGUACAGAGGAACACACACUUGCUCGCGUGCGAGCGCAGCAGCUCCUCCUCCACCGGCCUCCCCGGAGAAGCAAGACACCAGAACCAAACCACCCAUCGCUCAAACGCCUGACGAGCUUCUCGAGAGUCUCAAAACCAGCUUAACUGUUCGAACCGAGGGGCUUGACGAUGGUGAAGAUGUUUUCUCGUUCCCCAAUACGCCGCCGUUUUACGAUUACGGGACUACCAACGACUAUUUCGGCGGACUCAUGGAGAGUUCACCUAUCUUCGACGUUGUUGAUUGGUUCAAUCCAACGGUGGAGAUUAACCCGGAGUUCCCCACGUUUUUACCAGACUCGAUUUAUUAUUAA